AUGGCCGUGGCUGAAGGCGGCUGGUGCGUGGUGAAGCGCUGCGCUGCGGACGCCGGCGGCUCCUCCUGCCCCUUCUCGGCCGGGGCUCCAGGCCCGUCUCCUCCGUCGCCGGCCUCCUCGUCGUCGCAGGGCGAGCGCGGCCCGUCGAGGACCCCCGCGCCGGAGCCCGACGGCGCCCGCCGCCCCUCGCCCGCCGCCGAGGGCCGCUCGCUGCUCGGCCCCUACGUGCACCUGGGAGCCGCGCCCGGCCCCGGCGCGCCCGGCUGGGAGGACCUCGUGCUCUUGGCGGAUUUGGACCAAGCCAACAAGCUCAUCUGGUCCGGCCGCGGCGCCAAGGCGGGCGCCGAGCAGCCCGAGGACAUGUACCAGACCUUGGCCAUCUCGGCCGCGCAGGGCCCCGCGCCCUACGACGCCUCCGCGGGCGGCUUCAUGCACUCGGCGCCCAGCUCGCCCGUGUACGUGCCCACGACGCGCGUGGGCUCCAUGCUGCCCACGCUGCCCUACCUGCAGGGCGGCGGCGCGGCGCAGCCCGGCCACGCGGGCAGCGGCCACGCCGUGUGGUCGCAGCCGGCGGCCGAGAGCCCCUCGUACGGCGCCGCGGGCGGCUCGCACCCCUCGGGCCGCUUCCCCUACUCGGCCAGCCCGCCCGUGGCCAACGGCGCCUCGCGGGAGCCCGGCGCCUACAGCAACGGCCUGGCCGCCCGCGACCAGUACAGCCCGCUCGCCCGCCCGCUCAACGGAUCCUACGCGGGCCACUACCCGUCCUACGUGGGCCCGCAGCUGGCGCCGGCCUGGCCCACGGCGCCCUUCGAGAACUCCAUGCUGCACUGCCUGCAGGGCCGCGCGGCGCCCAUCCCCGUGCGCGCGCCCGGCGCAGAGCUGCUGGAGGACCUGUCGGAGAGCCGGGAGUGCGUGAACUGCGGCUCCAUCCAGACCCCGCUCUGGAGGAGGGACGGCACCGGCAACUACCUGUGCAACGCGUGCGGGCUCUACACCAAAAUGAACGGCCUCAGCCGGCCCCUCAUCAAGCCCCAGAAGAGAGUGCCCUCGUCGCGGCGGCUCGGCUUGUCCUGCGCCAACUGCCACACGACCACCACGACGCUGUGGCGCAGGAACGCCGAGGGCGAGCCCGUCUGCAACGCCUGCGGCCUCUACAUGAAGCUGCACGGGGUCCCUCGACCCCUUGCAAUGAAAAAAGAAGGAAUUCAGACCAGGAAGCGAAAACCUAAGAACAUAAAUAAGUCAAAGGCAUGCUCUGGUAACAGUACUACUGCAGUUCCUAUGACUCCAACAUCCACGUCUUCUACUAACUCAGAUGACUGUAGCAAAAAUGCUUCCCCAAGCACACAGACUGCAGCCUCAGGGGCAAGCUCUUCAGUGAUGUCGGGCCCGGGAGAGAGCACCAGCCCCGAAAGCAGCAACCUCAAGUAUUCGGGUCAGGACGGGCUGUACACAGGAGUCAGCCUGACCUCCACGGCCGAAGUCACGGCGUCCGUGAGACAGGAUCCCUGGUGCGCCCUGGCCUUGGCAUGACGCGGCGUGGACCAAGCUGGCCACAAGCGUGGCGGCCCCGGGGACACGCGGAGGCUCCGGCACGGCCCCAGGUGGUGACGGGCGUGCCGGCAAAGACCAUUCCCUUCACACCGUUCCCAGGCCUCGGCGGCAGAGGGGUUUCUCCAGCCUCCCUCCCCCACAAAAAAGGAGGCUCUGCCGAAGCACCUGGUUCCUCAUC